AUGGAGGGUCUUUUCUUCAACGUCAACAGCGGCUACAUCGAGGGCAUUGUCCGCGGCUACAGGAAUGGCCUUCUCACGAGCUCAAACUACAGCAAUUUAACGCAGUGCGAGACCAUCGAUGACCUCAAGCUGCAACUUGGUCCUGCAUACGGCGACUUCCUCGGUAACCUCCCUCCCAACCCUUCGACGUCAGCUCUCGCCGCCAAGACGACCGACAAGCUCGUUUCCGAGUUCCGCUAUGUUCGGGCCAACGCUGUUGGUGCACUUGCCCAGUUCAUGGACUACCUGACGUACGGUUACAUGAUCGACAACGUAGCUUUGCUGAUUACUGGCACGCUCCACGAACGAGACACCCGCGAGCUUCUCGAGAGAUGCCAUCCCCUCGGCUGGUUCGAGACCAUGCCCGUUCUCUGUGUCGCCACCAACAUCGAAGAGCUGUACAACAGUGUUCUCAUCGAGACGCCUCUUGCUGCCUACUUCAAGGGUAGUCUGAGCCACCAGGACCUCGACGAGCUGAACAUUGAAAUCGUCCGGAACACGUUGUACAAGAACUACCUGGAGGACUUUCACAACUUUGUCAACACCCACCCCGAUAUGGCUGGCUCGCCGACGGCUGACAUCAUGUCGGAGAUCCUUGAGUUCGAGGCUGACCGCCGUGCGAUCAAUAUUACGCUCAACUCGUUCGGCACCGAGCUGAACAAGAACGAUCGCAAGAAGCUUUACCCCAGCUUCGGCAAGCUGUACCCCGAGGGAACCCUCAUGCUCUCUAGAGCGGAUGAUUUUGAGGGUGUUCGCCUCGCAGUUGACGGUGUGGCAGACUACAAGUCCUUUUUCGAGGCUGCUGGCCUUGGUGGCGGUCCUUCCGGACCUGGCAACAUGGGCGGCGGCGGGAGCUCUGACGGUAAAAGUCUGGAGGACAUGUUUUACCAAAAGGAGAUGGAGAUUUCCAAGAGCGCUUUCACUCAACAAUUCACCUUCGCCAUUGUGUACGCCUGGGUGAGGCUCCGCGAGCAGGAAAUCCGCAACAUCACCUGGAUCGCUGAAUGCAUAGCCCAAAACCAGAAGGACCGGAUUGGCAACUACAUCAGUGUGUUCUGA